CAAGAAUACUCGGGCCACAAUGUGUUUGUCCCAGUCCCAAUCCAGAAACAUCAAAAAAGAAAAACCCAACUGUGUCAAUGUUUGCCGAGCUGCUGUCUGCCGCUGUCUCUCCGGUUCAAUCUUCCAUCGAUGCCAGUAGCGAUCUACAGACAGAGCAGUGAGAAUGUCCCGAGUCAGAGCGCUUCUGUGGGUGCUCUUCGUGAGUGUGAGUGUGGGCUUGGGCCUGGUUCACGGGGAUUACUAUUCGGCCAUCAGCGAAGUAGAGCGGCUGCUGGAUCUGGAGGCCUUCUUGGUGGAACGGUUGGAAGAUUACUUGGAAAAAGCCCAGCAGAAUCAGGAGAACAUCGAAAGGUUUCUUCUUCAUGUGGAGAAGUUGCAGAGCCAACGCGGGGACAUCGAGGACUACUUUGGCAACCCGCUGAAUGCAUUUACCACCAUCAGACGCCUUGCCCACGACUGGAAGCAUAGUGUCUUCGAGCCGGUCUUCGAGACGAGUAACUUGGAGAACUACAAGAAUUUGGUGAGCGCGGGGUUGGCAAAGGCCGAGAUACAGGAACCGACAAAGGAGGAUUUGCUCGGAGCUGUUCGUGGCUUGUGGCGCCUACAGGAGAUGUACAAACUCCCCACAAAGCAGUUGGCGGCUGGAAUCUUGUCCGCCGCGGAACAGCACCAAGUGAAUGUGUCACUUAGCGCCAGUGACUGCUACGAGAUUGGGCGUCAUUUUUGCCUGAUGAAGGAGUAUUCCUACGGCUCAGAGUGGCUGCUGGAAGCAAGGACCAGGCUGAAUCGGGAUCCUUCAGGAUUUGUGCUUCCCAAGAUCACUAAAGUGCAGAUCCUGGAGCAACUCUCGCCUGCCUUUAGCCAAUUGGGCAACAAGAAGCUUGCGUACAAGCUGAACAGCGAAAUCCUGGAUGCGGAACCUGGCCAUGAGGAGGCCUUGAAGAACAAAAUUGUGUACGAGGCUCAGCUGGCCAGAGAGAGGAGCAACAGUCCCAGAAUUAAAGUAGAACCUUCACAGGCGCCUGCUCCAGAGCCUGAGCUGAAGGAGAGCCAAGAACUUUACCAGCGCGUGUGUCGAGGAGAACUGCGGCAGUCCCCCAAAGAGCAGCGGGAUCUAAGAUGCUGGUUGAGCCACCGGAAUGUGCCCUAUCAGCGCCUCUCGCCCUUCAAGGUGGAACAGCUGAGCGUGGACCCCCAUGUGGCCUAUUUCCACGAUGUGCUCAGUGACAAGGAAUCUGAGCUGAUCAUCGAGCAUGGAAAGGGGCAGGUGACGCGCUCGGAGAUUGGCCAGAGCGGAAACUCCACCGUGUCGGAGAUCCGCACCAGCCAGAACACGUGGCUGUGGUACGAGAACAAUCCCUGGCUGGCGGACAUCAAAAUGAGACUGGAGGACAUAACCGGACUGACCACGGACAGUGCGGAGCCCUUGCAGCUGGUGAACUAUGGGAUUGGUGGGCAGUACGAGCCGCACUUCGACUUUAUGGAUGAUCCCGAAAAGAACUUUGGCUGGAAGGGAAAUCGCCUGCUGACAGCUCAGUUUUACCUGAAUGAUGUCCCCUUGGGAGGCGCCACUGCUUUUCCCUUCCUUGGGAACAAAGGAGCGCGAUCAGGUACCAAAUGUACAACCCUUGUUCGUUUGCUUUGUUCCCAAUUGGCAGUUGGGCCCGCCGCCUUCAAAAAGACUCUCCCCGCUCACGUCUUUGCCUGUCGCCAUAUUUCUGCCUUUGGAAACAUCAUUGAAAUCCUGGCAGUCGACCAAUUACGCACGGGCAAGACGCACCCGCAGCACGUUGUUCAGCGCUCGCACCGUGAAAUAGUAGAUAAAUUCAAUGCCACUGAGAAUGCUGGCGCCAAGAAAGAGGCCCAGCAUACCGCCCAUGGACACGACAACGUCUAAGCGUGUGCGCAGCGCCUGCCGGCGAUACUGAUCCGUGGGCAAGGCUGGCAUGGAGAGCGUUAUAUUACGAGCAGUGCUGCUGUGAUUGAAGCUAUUUGGAGGAAGGCAAAAGGAAUGUUGACGAUACGAUAGACAAAUGCAUUUAGAUGGCUGUACACUCACUCGGACACUGACUCGUAAAUGGCUCGUAUAUCGCCCUCGUUGCAGGAGGGCAGACAAUCGCAGUUGCUCUUGCCAUUAUGUGUACCCAGCAGCAGCCUGGCGUCUGGUUUGACCAUGUAAUGCGAUUCCAAACAGUUCAAGCCGGCCAGAUCGCAGUCCGGAUAACGCGGAUCAGCAAAGGGAUUCAUCAUGUACGGAGUACAGCCGCACAUCUUCAUCUGAAACUGGCGCGUGCAAUCCGUAAUGCAGGUGCUGAAGCUAUAGGCCUUGUACAAACUGAACGGCAGCACCUCCUCGGGGAACAGGCAGUUGCGUGCCUUCGGCUCUAUCUCGUGCACAUCCAAGUCGUUCUCCAUUGACUCCAUGUUGAACUGAAUGGUCUUGUGCUGGCCCGGAUCCGUGACACUCACCCCGACAGCAGCCAGCGCCGUGUGCGGUAUAUCCUCCUCGUUGAGCAGAUUCACCUGCACCGGGCGAUGGGUGAGCAGCUGCAUCAGGGCCGUCUCAUUGCCGGGCUCCAGGAUGUUUGGCAGCCAGUGCUCCGAGCCGCGUACAUUGUUCUGCAGCGAGUUGAGCAUAAAGCAACGGCCGAAGGGCGUGAUCAGCGGCAGAAAGUAUUGGCAGCAGUCAAACUCCCGAUUCGAUAGCUUGCAAUUGAUAAAAACGUCCGAGCA